UUGAGGUGUACAGUGCCUUCAACUAAUCAUUAAUUUGUAUUGAAAGUAGUUUGUCUCGUCAUUUCUGCAGAAAAACAUGUUUAUAGUGAAUAAAUGUUUUGUGUAAUCCAAUACAAAGGAAUUAUGACCAAACGAUGUGACUACAAGAUUCAAUAUUUCAUCAAGCUGUACAAAAAAUGAUAGAAUAUUCUGGAGGGUUCCCGGCCUUCUUAUGGGCAAACAAUUAGCAGUAUUAUAUAGUAAAAUUUGUGUAAUGACUCUUCCAGCCCUGAGCAAGGCGACAACAAAUUGCCGAAAGCUUGGGAUUUAACGACGUCAGUUUUCAUGGAUCUGAUGAAAUUCCGACUCCAAACAUUGAUGCUCUCGCCUACAAUGGAGUUAUCUUAAAUAGUCACUAUACUCAAGCACUAUGUACCCCCUCCAGAGCUGCUUUACUGACUGGAAGAUAUCCUAUACAUUUAGGGAUGCAGCACUUGCUGAUUCUUGAACCAGAACCUUGGGGAAUGCCUCUAAAUGAAACCUUAUUGCCUCAGCACUUGAAAAGGAACGGUUACGUAACGAGGGCCAUUGGAAAAUGGCACUUAGGAUUUUACAAAAAGGAAUAUACGCCCACCUUCAGAGGAUUUGAUAGUCACUACGGUUAUUGGCAAGGCUUUCACGAUUAUUAUGAUCACACAAUCCGAGCUACGUAUUCCAAAGAAUAUGGGUACGAUUUUCGUCGCAAUAUGACUGUAGACUGGGAUGCCAAAGGCAAAUACUCAACGACGCUCUUCACUGAAGAGGCAGUAAAGCUGAUUCGUGAACAUGAUACCAACCAUCCAAUGUUCAUGUAUUUCGCUCAUCUGGCUGCUCACGCUGGUAACGAUCAGGAUCCUCUUCAAGCACCCGAUGAAGAAAUUGCGAAAUUCGCUCACAUUAAAGAUCCGGAAAGAAGAAUUUAUGCAGCUAUGGUUUCUAUGUUGGACAAAAGUGUUGGAUCAGUAAUAACAGCACUACGUGAGAAACACAUGUUGGAAAAUUCAAUUAUUGUUUUCAUGUCUGAUAAUGGAGCUGCAUCAGAUGGAAUUCAUGCAAACCACGGAUCCAACUAUCCAUUCAGAGGAAUCAAAAGUUCCAACUGGGAAGGUGCAAUGAGGAAUAUUGCUGCAGUUUGGAGUCCACUUAUUAAGAAACCCAAACGCGUUUCUAACAACUUAAUGCAUAUAUCUGAUUGGCUUCCAACAUUAUUUACUGCAGCAGGACUGGAUCACUCCCAGCUGUCUUCCUCUUUAGAUGGCAGGGAUCAAUGGAAGGCCAUUUCUGAAGCUGAGUCAUCUCCAAGAACCGAAAUUUUACACAAUAUUGACGACAUUUUCAAUACUAGAUCUAUUAGGCAAGGAGAUUGGAAGUACAUUUAUGGUUCUAGUGGUAAAGCAGAUGAAUGGUACGGAAGCGUCGGCAAAGAUGCUCUGUAUCAUUACGACAAAGAUUCUGUGAUAAAUAGUCCCGUGGGUACUGCCAUUUCAGGAGUAAUAACAUAUCAGCAAAUCAAGGAGAAAAACGACAAACUAUCAGGACAUAAAAGUGAGAACUUUUCUGUUUCAAUAUUAGAUACUAAAGAGAUUGAAAACCUUCGUAAAGAGGCAACAAUUGUAUGCAGGAAACCCACACCUGAAAACGAACUGGAAAACAAUCAAUGUAACCCGAUCAUAUCGCCAUGUCUAUUCAAUAUUAAAGAUGAUCCUUGCGAAGUGGUUAAUCUAGCGACUCAGCGGCCAUUGAUCGUGAUCACUUUAGAGCAGGAAAUUAUUAAGUACAGAAAUACCGCUCGCGACCCCAUUAAUAUCCCCAGAGAUCCAAAUGCCGACCCAGCUAAGUACAAUGGAGUGUGGACAAAUUGGCAAGAUAUUGAAGUAAUAUCUGAAAAAAUUCAAUUUAGAAGUUUAUCUCACCUCGCAAUUGCUCUAAUAUCUGGUGCAUGUGUAGCUGUAGGCCUAAUAAUGGUAGUACUGCUGACGUUGACGUGUAGAAAAGCUCCCAAAAGAAGCAACCCAUCACUAUAUGAGCCGGCGCCAUUUACCGAAAUGGAAUGCAAAUCCGAUAACAGAUUUGAAGAACGAGAAAAGCAAUUGCGGACUAGCUUGAAAGAUGAGUUUAGAGAAGUUUAGUGUGAUAAUGAGCAUUAUGGAUAUUUUUAAUUAUAAAUAUUCUUUAGUGCAGAAAAGUUGGAUGCUUCGAACAUUUUCACAUUGGAAAAUGAUUCAUUGAACGCUUCGUAGAAAUAGUUAACUUAUUGUACAAAUUUUUUAUUCAUUAAAACGGGUAACUUCCUAAGAAUAUUUUAUUUUAAGGUUUACUGUGUUUUACUGACAACUGAACUGAAACAAAAACUUGUACUAAUUACCAUGUGUUCGGAUUCAUGUAAUGCCUCAUAUUUUGAUUAUUUAAAAUUGUGGAUAAAUCCAAGUCACCACCCAAUAAACUACAUGUCAAUGUU